AUGUCUCCUCCCGCUAUGAUCUAUGAGCAGCCAUCCAGCGCUGGCAACGUUGUUCCAGUGGCUGCCUCCAAGCUGGCUGAUCUGCCCAACACUACUGCUGUUCCUGUCGGGGGUACCACCUCUGCUCAAACUAUUGCCGAGAUGGCCGGAAAGUGGAGCGAUUUCAAGUUCGCGCACAUUCGUGAGAGCCAGGUGUCUCGGGCAAUGACACGACGCUACUUUUCUGACCUGGACACCUACGCGGAAAGCGACAUUGUCAUCGUUGGCGCUGGUUCUUGUGGACUUUCGGCCGCAUACUGCCUGGCCAAAGCUCGUCCGGAUCUGAAGAUUGCCAUCGUAGAGGCAGGCGUCGCUCCUGGUGGCGGCGCUUGGCUUGGUGGCCAGCUCUUCAGCGCUAUGAUCAUGCGCAAGCCAGCUGAUGCAUUCCUCCGCGAGAUUGGGGUUCCAUAUGAGGAUGAAGGUGCCAGCUCGAACUUCGUGGUUGUCAAACAUGCCGCACUGUUCACCAGCACUGUUCUUUCCAAGGUCCUUCAGUUCCCCAACGUGAAGCUUUUCAACGCCACGACGGUCGAAGAUUUGAUCACUCGCACCGACGGCGCGGGCAACAUCCGUAUCGCUGGCGUCGUAACUAAUUGGACUCUGGUUUCUAUGCAUCAUGAUGACCAGAGUUGCAUGGAUCCCAACACYAUCAACGCUCCAGUGAUCAUCUCCACCACUGGCCACGACGGCCCUUUCGGCGCAUUCUGCGCUAAGCGCCUGGUCGCGAUGGGCGGACUUCCAUCCCUUGGAGGCAUGCGUGGGCUUGACAUGAAUGUCGCAGAGGAUGCAAUCGUCAAGGGUACUCGUGAGAUUGCCCCUGGCCUUAUCAUCGGAGGUAUGGAGCUUUCCGAAGUCGACGGCGCCAAUCGUAUGGGUCCCACCUUCGGCGCCAUGGCCCUCUCCGGUGUAAAGGCUGCGGAGGAAGCUUUGAAGAUCUUUGAGCAGCGCAAAGCGGAGUGCUCCGAAGGCGGGAAGUACUGA